CUCUUUCCCUCCCAAAUCCCGCGCUUCAAAAUAAGGAAACGAGAUUUCUUCUCCCCCUGAAAAAUCCCCCCAAUGGCAAUGGAGAGCAGCGUGGAGAGUGCGGCGGCGGCGGCGGCGGCGGCUGUGGCUUUGGGCGGUGGAGGGUACUGCUGCGGCGGGUGGGAGACGCCGAAGCGGGAGGAGUGCCGCAUCCCGGCGACGCUCCCCUGCCCCGCGGCGCCGAGGAAGGCCGUGCCGGACCUGGGGAAGCGGCGGACCCCGCCCAAGAACGGCUACUUCCAGCCGCCGGACCUGGAGGCGCUCUUCACGCUCGCGCCGCGCCGCCAGGCCUCCACCUGCGCGUGACUUCGCCCCGUUCGUCGCGGCGGGCGGAGAGGAGCUAUUUUGGGAGCUGUAGAUACUUCGCCGGUUUCUCCUCUGUUGUACUCUAGGAUUUAGUAGCGGGCAGAUAGGGAUCGGUAGGAGGGUUUUAGGGAGUAGUAGGUAGGUAGGUGGUGGAUGCUUGAGAUGAGAGCUCGUAAGCAUACUAUUUUGUAUUGGUUCAGAUGAUGAAAUCCUCAUAUGUUUCUUGCCUACCCUGUUCUCUGAA